AUGCCCCUUCUGCCCGUUUCCAUACCAAGCAUCACCGGGAUAGACCGCGAUUACGAUUAUGAGGGUAGGGAGCCGGGCAGAUCUCGUACGAGGACGACGAGCCAUGCUCGGACUACCUCAGCCCAGUCUCGGGGCGUGGCUGACCAGUAUUCCUUCAUGACACCGACCGAAGCGGCAUCGCGGCUGCAAACGUCCCUUACCUACGGCUUGACACCAGUCGAAGCCCUCUCGCGGUUACGAGACUUCGGCCCGAACGAGAUCCCCCACGAGCCACCAGAACCCUUAUGGCUGCGAUUUAUCAAGCAAUUCCAAGAACCUUUGAUCAUCCUCCUGUUGGUGUCAUCAGUCGCAUCCAUUGUAGUUGGAAACAUGGACGACGCUGUGAGCAUCACUGUGGCCGUCACCAUCGUUGUGACGGUUGGAUUUGUGCAAGAAUAUCGAUCGGAAAAAUCAAUAGAGGCGCUGAACCAUCUGGUUCCUAAUCAUGCGCAUCUAGUGAGGGCGCAAUCCACAAAGCCAGUUGCGAGUUCGAAGAACGCGACCUGGCCACCCGUCAAUGGUGACCAAAACGAAAGGGACUCUUCAGCGGGGUCUGAGACACCGGGCGAGGAGAUGAUGGAAGCAACGUCGUCCAAAGUUAUGGCAGCGCAACUCGUUCCGGGGGAUUUAGUUAUGUUUACCACGGGCGACCGCAUACCAGCCGACAUUCGUGUUACCAAAGCGUCCGACCUUACCAUCGAUGAAUCCAAUCUGACAGGAGAAAAUGAGCCUGUCAGAAUAACAGCAGCAUCACGGUUCAGGAACAUACAUUCUCCUGCAAUUGCAGACUCCGGGGCCUUGCGUCAAUCGAGCCCUUCGAUCCUGUCUCCUAUAACGUUUAAUGGUGCGCCGAAAGAAGACUCGGGGAAGCACGAAGGGAACAACAUUGCCUACAUGGGCACAUUGGUCAAGUCUGGGCAUGGCCAAGGGGUCGUAUUUGCCACUGGUGGUGACACGCAUUUUGGAACCAUCGCUGCAAGUGUCUCCGGUACGGAAAGCCCACGUUCGCCAUUGCAAGUCUCCAUGGAUGAACUGGGAUCGCAACUUAGCAAGAUAUCCUUUGUCAUCAUUGGCCUCAUCUCAGUUGUCGGAUGGCUGCAAGGAAAGAAGAUCCUCGAAAUUUUCACCAUAUCCAUCUCCUUAGCUGUGGCUGCGAUCCCCGAAGGUUUGCCGAUCAUCGUGACCGUCACUUUGGCUCUUGGCGUGCACAGAAUGGCCAAAUACAACGCCAUUGUUCGCAAGAUGCCGAGUGUAGAGACUCUGGGCUCGGUCAACGUCGUCUGUUCUGAUAAGACGGGGACUCUUACAAUGAACCAUAUGUCAACGGUAAAGAUGUGGUAUUUUGGUACCAAAGGGGCUAUCAAUGUGGAGUCGGAUGACGAGUUGACUGAAAGGACUCCGGAUGUUGCGGCGCUGAGGAUACUUCGCAUAGGCAACAUAGCCAACUAUGCGCGGUUGUCUCACCAUGCCUCCGGGGCUGCUCGAACAGUUCUAUCAGAUAACCAAAACCAAGACUUCACUACUCACACGAGAUGGGUUGGACAGCCUACAGACGUAGCCAUGCUUGAUCUUUUGGACAGGUUCAAGGAGCACGAUGUAAGAGACUCGAUCGGUCCACGCACAGCGGAAACUCCUUUCAGUUCGGAGAGAAAAUGGAUGGGUGUCGCCAUUGGCGCUGACGCCAGGAACAGCGACAAGGAAUAUGCUUAUAUGAAAGGAGCAAUCGACAAGAUAUUGGAUGCCUGCGAUACAUAUCUCACCUCGGAUGGGCGAGAAAUCGUCAUGGAUGCUAGCCGGCGGCAAGAGGCUUUGGAUGCUGCCGAGCAAAUGGCCGAAAAGGGACUUCGAGUCCUUGCAUUUGCAAGCGGGCCCGUGGCGAAAUACACUCGAACCAGAACUGGCUUGGGUUCGACGCCCAGAAGCAAUACGCCUGCUAGUAACGAUAGGAGCGAAAGCCCCGCCGUGCCCAACAACGAAGAACUGUAUAAGGGUCUGACCUUUGCAGGCCUCGUUGGCAUGAGCGAUCCUCCGAGGCCUGGCGUGGCUCGUUCCAUAAGAAAACUGAUGCGCGGCGGCGUCAAGGUCAUCAUGAUUACAGGAGACUCGGAAACCACUGCCGUGGCGAUUGGUAGGCAGCUAGGAAUGCAGAUCUCUACUCCACGAGAGUCUUCGCCGCAUCAAGUAGCCGUAAGACCGGUCCUCAAGGGGGAUGAUGUUGACGAGAUGAGGGAGAAUGAACUCGCCGCUGCUAUGCAGACUACGACGAUUUUUGCGCGCACAAAUCCUGAUCACAAGCUGAAGAUUAUUCGAGCGCUCCAAUCCCGAGGCGACAUUGUGGCCAUGACCGGCGAUGGCGUCAAUGACGCUCCCGCACUCAAGAGAGCAGACAUUGGCAUAUCUAUGGGUAUGCAUGGCACCGAUGUAGCCAAGGAGGCAUCGGACAUGAUCUUGACCGACGACGACUUCUCCACCAUUCUACACGCCAUCGAACAAGGCAAAGGCAUCUUCAGUAACAUCCAGAACUUCAUUACAUUCCAGCUCAGCACUAGUGUUGCGAGUUUGACACUUGUCUUCAUCUGCACCUGCUUGGGGUUCAAAACGCCCCUCAAUGCCAUGCAGAUUCUCUGGAUCAACAUCAUCAUGGAUGGCCCUCCUGCUCAAUCACUUGGUGUAGAGAAAGUCGACAAAGAUGUCAUGUCCCGCCCGCCUCGCUCGCGAACAGAGCCAGUGCUGUCCCGCAGCCUGCUGCUCCGCGUCAUCCAGCAAGCGACUAUCAUCAUGACUGGAACAAUGGCGGUGUACAGCCAUGAAAUGCACGCAGACGGCGUAGUGACACGUCGCGAUACCACCAUGACGUUUACUUGUUUCGUUCUGUUCGACAUGUUCAACGCGUUAUCCUGCCGUUCCGAGAGCAAGUCGGUUCUCAGGGGCGAGGUCGGGCUGUUUUCGAACACAUUGUUCAACUGGGCGGUAUCUUUAAGCAUGGCUGGCCAAUUAUUAGUCAUUUACUUCCCGUGGCUGCAAGAAGUAUUCCAGACGGAGGCUUUGGCAUUCUGGGAUCUCGUACGACUGCUAGUUCUCUGCAGCUCGGUGUUCUGGGCUGAUGAGCUAAGGAAAUGGUAUAAAUACGGCAGGAAAAGGCUUGGCGGAUACAGCCAGGCCGUUUAG